CUUAACAGGCUAAAUUGUAGACCUUGCUCCUUUACCACUCUCCCUCACUUCAUCUAUCAGAUCAUCAAUCAUCUAUACCCAGAAAAAACUUGCUUGCAAAUUAACUCAAUAUAUUUUCAUAUGGCUGCUUCAACAGCUCUUCAAGUUUUAGUAGAACCACUUCUUGGAACUGUAUUUGACAGCCUAGGAUCAAUUGUGGCAAGCGAAUUCAGUCUCAUUUCUGGAGUCAACGACGAGUUCCAACGUCUCCUUGAUACAAUAUCAGCAAUCAAAGCUGUCAUCGAGGAUGCUGAAGAGAAGCAACUUACGGACAAACCAAUAUGUGAUUGGCUAAGAAAGCUCAAAGGUGCUACUUAUGAUGUUGAAGACUUCUUGGAUGAGUGCAACACCGAUGCUGCUUUAAGACGUUCAUCAGAAAUACUCAAACCGAGUAGCGGGUGCAACAACAUCAAGGAAUUUAUGAGUCAUUCUGUUCCUUCUGUUUUCUGUUGCAAAGCAAGCUCAUCAUCUCGCCGUGCAAUUGCAAAGAGAGUUCAGAAAUUCAUACGCCGAUUUGAUGAAAUUUACGAGCAAAGGAGCAAGUUCCACUUGAAUCCUAACGUGAUUGCUGCAGAUGUUCAAUUGGGAAAAAGAGAAACUACCUCAUAUCCAGAUGAACCGAUAGUUUAUGGAAGGGAUGAGGACAUAGAAUACAUAGUCAAUCUCUUGCAAAAUGAUACGGGAGGAAGCUGA